UAACACUAAAAAACACACAAGAGUACCAUUUUUCUUCUAAAUUGGACAAAGAAUAUUAAAAACAUAACAGAAAAAUAUUCAUUUGUGCAGAAAAUGGGACAAAAAAAGAGGAGAAUAACAAUAAAAAGAUUCAAAUUUAUUGUUUAUUGUUUUUUUAUUUGACUCCAGUUGCCAAAAUUUACUCCCUUGCCGGAUUUAAGUAUCAAAAAUUGCUUCAACAACCCACAAGUCAUCAAUAAGUCACAACGACGUUUGUCGUAUUUUUUUUUGUCAUGGAGCACUUCACCACCGACCAAAUGAUCCACAUGAAGACGGCCUUCGACGCGUUCGACGCCGACCGCAGCAACUUCAUAACAAUAGCGUCCCUGCCGAAAGUUAUGGCCUCCCUCAACGUGUACCUAUCGGUUCAGGACAUACGCGAGAUUCGUGAGCAGUUCAAAGUCCACUACUGGAUCGACUUUCACACCUUCCUUAGGAUCGUCGAGGAGAAAAUCCAGAAUACUGAAAGGAAGCUGUUGUAUGCCUUCAGGGUUUUCGACAGGGAGAGAACUGGGUAUAUUGCUGCCGACAGACUGAGGGCCAUCAUGCAGAAUUACGGUGAUAAAAUGAGCUACGAUGAUGUCACUGAAAUGCUCAUGUUUGCUGACGUGGAAAGAACUGGAAGGAUCAACUAUGAGGACUUUGCUACAUUAAUUGCUGAAUAUAUUUAAAUAAAGUGGCAGCAACAUAUAACAACAAGCAACAACAUAAACUUGAUUGUAAUACCCACAA